AGAAUGUUUAUUACAAAGAAAUGUCAAACAUCGAGCAAAAAAGAAGUUGGUGUUUUAUGCGAUCUUUGUAUGGGGUUGUGCCUUUAUCAUAAGUAGUAUCUGUGUCAUCAAAGAUUCUAUUUCCGCAACCAAACUUGCAUCAAAUAAGAUUGUACGACUGACACUUGGAAAUUGUGUACGACUGACACUUGGAAAUUGCUCGCUCUCUGAGAAAGAACCGUUUACAUUUUAUGGAAUCAAAAGUGUUUGUGUCAUUGGUAGCAUUUGCUUGUCCUUCUCUACAGCACUGAAGAUCGCACGCUGUAAAAAGCAAACAAGCUUUCGUCUAACAGAUUCAGAAAGCAAGCGGUAUAAUGACAAUAAGGAAUGGUUUAAUCUGUAUCUGAAGCUAUUUAUUAUGUUGUUUAUCACGAUGAGUAUAAAUUGGUCCGUGAUAGCGAUAUCAUUGUUUGUUGAAAAUAAGUCUUCUUGGGCUUACCUAAAAUAUUCUCUUCAUUUGAUAGAACUCACGCAGAAUGUCUGUAUCUUUAUCAUAUUUGUAUGCAAAAAGAAUAUCAAAUUGAUGUUACUGAAGCGAUUCGGAUAUGAGAUGAAUGUAACAUCAACUACUUGCACUGCAACGUCACAGAUGUCUACGCAGGAAAAGGCUAAUUCUUCUGAACAAGAAAAAUGUCACGCGAAAGAUUUGUCCGAUGAAACUCACCUUUAAUGUUAUAAUAUGUAAAAAAAAAAGUUUUAUAGUAGAUUAGAAAUCAACAAUUAACCAGAAAUGAAUUAUAAUUUUAUGACUUUCAAAUCGAAAAUACUUUUAUACUGUUAAAUGCUAAUGUUUCCAUUUUUUGAAAAGAACAAGUUUAAAAUCUUAAACAGAAAAUUUGUCUUUCU